UGUUCUUGAGUUGAUAUUUUGUGUACUUUAUUUUACUCUUCGAAUUCAACACUAAAUAAAAAAAUUUGUUGCUUUUACAGAAAUUGGCUUUAUCUUAGACCUUACUUCUUCUAACCACCAAGCUACUUGUAAACUUAGCCGACGACGUCUUGAUUAUUCUAACCUUUCUUCAGCUACCCUUUACAUAUUUUUCAACUCCAACUUAGACGGGAUCAAUUUCCCAAAAGAUUGAUGAUUUAAUAGUCGGAUACAUGGAACAAGCAAUUUCGGUUUCUAAAAAUGACUUCAGAUCGUCAAUAGAGGAGAACUACCAAAGUGGCACUGUAGCCGUAAAUGAAACCUAUCGGAAUACUAUGGCAGAUACUCAAAAGGAAGCGGCUACUUUAGUUCGCAUUUUUGGUGAUAAACUAUUUCACUAUCCUUCUCUUCAUAUCGCAUUUCUGGAGAUUGUGAAAGCUUUGGACAAGCAAAUUAUUGAUUUCCCGGGGUUUAUUGAGCGAGUACAUGUUCUUUUGAACGACUUCCCAAAAUUGCUACUUGAACUUAAUACCCUCCUUCCUUCUUCCUACCAGUUUUUACCUUCUGACGAAGGUUCCAAGGGAUUACGAUUUGCUACUCCGACUGGUACCGUAUCACGACCAUACUCAUAUGCCGCUAGCUAUGCGGACAUUCCCAGUUGCUAUCACCGAGCUAUUAGCUACGUCGCAAAAGUGAAAGGGGCACUAAAAGACCAUGGUUCAACUUUUCAGCAAUUUCAAUCGCUACUUCAGCAAUUUUCGAGGUCUGAAUUAAAUGUUGAUGAACUUCGGAGUAAAAUAGCCUCAUUACUCAGUCAAUUUCCUGCGUUACAGCAACAGUUUCAAGACUUUUUACCAAACUCAGUAUUUUACAGUUCAACACCCCCGUUAGGCUCAUAUCCUAUACGGACAAUUCAAAGCUCCAACUUUCGACUUAGUAACCUAUCUGAUUUGUAUCCUCCACCAUCGUCCGUUCAUGAUACUAUAGCAACAAAAUUUCCGUCCGUGUCGCAAGCUGAUGCCGCAGAGUUUUUCAAGCAAGUAAAGCGACAACUACCAAGUCUCGAUAUAUAUCAUGAGUUCUUAAAGCUAAUUAAUCUAUAUGUUCAAAAAAUUAUUUCUCGGGAUACAUUGUUGGCCAGAAGCUUUGCAUUUUUACGAUCUAUGCCUGAUUUAUGGAAAAGCUUCCAACUGAUCUUGCAGUUUAACCCUCAAGAAUUCCCUAAUAUUUAUUAUACUGCCACGUCUGAUCACUCUGAUUAUGGGCCAAGUUAUCGGCUACUUCCGUUGGAGGAACGUAUGAGCCCAUGUACCGGUAGAGAUGAGUUAUCUUGGUCUAUAUUGAAUGAUGAGUGGGUCAGUCAUCCUACUUGGGCUUCCGAAGAAAGUGGUUUCAUAGUUCAAAGAAAAACUCCUUAUGAGGAUGCUAUGACAAAAUUGGAAGAAGAGCGUUAUGAGUUUGAUCGACAUAUAGAGGCUAUCAACUGGACUAUCAGAACCUUAGACAACUUAGCUGCACGUUUGGAAGACAUGCCGGAAGAAGAACAAAAAAGUUAUCAACUACCACCUGGUUUAGGUUUGCGGUCGAAAAGUAUUUACGAAAAAACAAUUAAGUUAGUAUAUACCAUUGAUCAUUACAAGGUUAUACUUAGUGCUCUAGAAACUAUGCCUUCGGCUACGCUUCCGAUAGUUUUAAAACGAUUAAAUGAAAAAAGAGAGGAAUGGCAAUCAGCGAAAGAAUCUCUACAACCUAUUUGGAGAAAUACGGAAUUUAAAAAUUAUGAUAAAAGUUUGGAUCCUCAAAGCAUAUACUUUAAAGCCAAGGAUAAAAAACUAGUCACUCCAAAACUUCUACUUGCCGAAGCAGAGACAAUACAUGCCCAAACAUCUAUUAAAUUCCCAUUUUUUAGUGAGACUUCGUUUGAUUUUUCAACCACAUACGAUAAUGAAGACAUUCUUUUCGACGUGUGCUACAUAGUGUGUACCUAUGUGGUAUGUAAUUCCCCUUCCGGACUCAAAAAGGUGGAGAAUUUUUUUAAAAAUACUCUUCCUUUAUUUUUUGGAAUUAAUAAAGAAAAAUUAGCAAAGUUCUUAGAUCCUGUUUUUCAUGGCCCCGAUUAUGAUUCUUCAGUUGACGGCAUAUCCGGAAAUAAAGUUAUACGCAGGAAACGAUCAAACUCAAUUACUCAACUGACUGAGCUUUCAAAACAUCAAAAAAUAAGCGAACAGCGUCAAAGUCGUUCCGCGGCCGCAGCCAGAAAAAAGGGCGAUGUUACUAAUAAUUCUCUAAAUUCCGACGAUACUCCUUCUGAUAACGCCAGUUCAGCGUCUACUUCAAAACAACAAUUGUCUCGUCCUGCUGCAGCCAUCGUAGCAAGUUUGAAGUACCCUGUUCACCCCGAAAAUUGCUUGUUAAACGAAACUAACUGUGGGAAAGGCGUUCGGAACAAUCAAACAACUGUUGAUGACAAACCCUCGUUUGUGAAAACUGAUGAGAACAAUAUAGUAGAACAGUACGGGUAUUCUGCAAUUUACAUCUUUUUCCGUCUAUUUAAUAUGCUAUAUGACCGGUUAUUACUAUUAAAGAAUUUGGAGAACUGUGUGGGGGAUGUUCAAAGACAAAUAAAACCAAAUUCUGUGGCUCAAGAGCAUAAUCUAUGGAGGAGUAGAGAAAGCGAAUUACCUGAGCUACCGGAGGAAGAUACAUAUUACAAUAAAACAUUCGUUAUGUCGUUACGACUCAUAUACGGUGUCCUAGAUCAGAGUCAGUUUGAAGAUUACAUGCGUUUUUAUUAUGGCAACAAAGCCUACGAACUAUAUACAGUUGACAAAUUAGUCUGGUCAAUAGCUAAGCAAGUGCACCACAUUGUCUCAGAUGGAAAAUUUAAACAUGUACUGAGCGUCAUUGAAGAAUAUAAUAGUCGUUUUACCCCAAAGCGUUCUUAUGAUGAGUUCUUAUAUCGCAUGAAUUUGGAGCGAUAUCUAAAUUCUGAUGAAAUGCUAUUUCGGUUCGCAUGGAAUUUUAAGGAAAAGCAAUUUACUAUUAAUUUACUGCGACGUGCUAACGUUACUUUGGACGAGACUUUAGAAAGCCAACGGCAAGGAUGGAAGAAAUACCUAGAAGAUUACACUGCUCAAAAAGGAACUGAGUAUGUAUCAUAUAAAAAUUAUCGUUGUCCUUUCUUAUGCAGAACAAUUCCGUUUGAAGGAACAUCGGAAGUAACGCGAAUGUCAUUGCAAACAAGAUUAAUGAGCUCGGUUUGUUUCCAAUCCGAUUUAAAAGCUAGACUGUGUAUUAAUUCAUUUAAGCUACUGUAUGUCCCUUGUACUCAGGACGUUUAUUUGAGCCGUGACUAUAUGUUACUGAAUAAUUCCGAUUCGCUAGGUUUGCAAUCCUCUCGUUCUUCUCGGUGGAAGGCGCGACUAGACCAUCUACAUGCCAAGUUGUUUGAUGGUCAACCUAGUAAUGUUUCGUUUGAAUCUCUAUUUAUAUAGAAGGGGUAUUAAUGUAUUUAGAAAACUUCGUCAUAAAUCUGAUUUACUGAGUUUAUUUUUUGUUAACUAAGAUUAUUAACGUUUUAAAAUUAAUUUGUUGCAACCUA